GUGGUGUUGUUUGUUGUUUAAAAUAGGCUGCAAGAAAUGACACAUUCUGUGCCGAGACCUCCAGAUCGAAAGAACCCACGUAAGGGAGAGCUCUGGGAUGAACCCAAAAGACGCAGGAUGAUGAAUUCCAGGAACCUUCCUAGAUUUGAACCUCCAUUCCAGAAUGAAUCUUGCUUUGGACAACUUGAGGAACCAGAUUAUGGAAGACAAAUUGACCAUUUCGAAAGAGGGGAGGGCAGAGAAACUGGAGGCCGUUUCAAUGAAUAUAAAGAAAGAGAAAUGAUGAGAAGGGAGAUGGAUCUUUUCCGAGAUUUUCGAGGCAGUGGUGAAAGACAAUCGGAUGACCAGUUUCUAACAGAUGAUCAUCUCAGUCGGAUGCCCAACGAGUUCAGAAGAGAUAUGGGACCAAGUGGAGAACUUGAUAGAAGAUUUAUGGGUCCUGACCGAGGACGAGAUAUUGACAGGCAAAUUAUUUCAUCUCAUAAUAGAUUGGGUCGAGUGAGAACUGGUAAAUUUUCAUUGUUUUCUCACGAUAUCUUUUUCAUCUUUUACUUGUUUCGAUCACUAGACUGUGGCCAUGCUGGGGCACUGCUUUGAAUUUUUAAUCAAAUG